CGACCUGGGGUGUGUCGUUGUCUCGCAGGAGAAGCUGUAAUCCUGCCAUCAUCUACGGUGAUGAGCCCUCAACCACAGUCUUACCGCCAGCGCUUGAAGGAACUCCGAAUUGCCGAGGAGCAACGGUCGGACUUGAUUGAGGAGCUCAUCACUAAGCUGGAAGACACCGAUGCAAAACUAGAGCAAGCGGAGCUAGAUCUCCAAGCUGAGCAAGAUGCUCGGAGACGACUGCAGCAGGAUAUGCUUGCCCUCCGAAAUAGAGGCAGAAUCGUGGAACGACGACCGUUUGCGGUCGUGUUGAUCGAUGCUGACGCGGACGGCUAUGCUUUUCAAGACAGAUUUAUCAAGGCGGCAUCUACAGGAGGCGAAGAAGCGGCUGAUGAGCUGCUUACAGCUACACAAGAGUAUUUACGGACCAUCGUGGAUGAUUCUGAUAGACUAGAUGUGGUCGUCAAAGCCUUCGCUCACUUGGACGGUUUAGGGUCGAGACUCGUCCGGGAGGCGCGAGUAAAAGACACGGCCCAGGUAAGGGCUUUUUGCGCAGGCUUUAGUAGCCGUUUGCCUAUGUUCGAUUUCGUUGAUGUGGGAUUUGGUAAGGAAAGGGCAGACAACAAAAUUCGAGAAUAUCUAAAGUUCUUCGCGGAAAGUCCUCAAUGCAAGCAUAUCAUGCUUGCUUGUUGUCAUG